CCGCACUGUAACGCGAAAUAAAUAAUUUAAACGCGAUUUUGAUAUACAUAAGAAUUACAUUAAAUGCAGGGCAGGAAUAAUAAACCCAUACCGAAACACGAAUAAAGACGCAUCGAAAGAGAGGCGUAUGUUGUCGUUGUUCUCGCUGCAGUGAGUGCCGCCGCCUACUUAUCGUCUUUUGUGAGGGAAACAAAAGCCAUCCGUCAACGUGUGCGUGUGUUGUGCGUGUGUGAGAGCGAGUGGGUUUCGGAUCGGCACUGGAAUCCGCAUCGGGAUCGGAUCGGAACGGAACGGAACGGGGCUGGCUAAGAACAACAAAGGCUUCCUCCUCCUUUGUAAAUGCGUCGCGUGCCAAAUUAGUUGUGUUGUUGUUGUUUUUGUGGCAAUAGAAAGGAGGAAUGGAAUAGCAUAAGCUAAUGUGUAUUUAAUAGUGCGUCGUCUCGUGUGUAUUUUCAAAGUUUAAAUUUAAUCCAUUAUUCCAACACAUACAAGGCUCCCCACCACGCGACGCCACACCAGCCACCAGUAACACUCCUAAUAGUGCGGCCACCACCAAGGCACCCCCGGUUCUCCUUCCACGCUGCCCCCUUCCAGCGGCACGCAUUGUGUGCGUCAUAUGUAAAAGAGGAGCGGGAGUUAAGGACAGAGAAGCAGAGAGAGCUGAGGAACGAGACGAGCUCCAGGAACGGAACAAAAGGAAAGAACAGCUGGAGAGGAGCAAACAGAACACUCGCGGGUCCAAGACGCAGAACUUGGCCACAACAAACCCGAAAGAGGAAGAAACACGAAACAAAACAAAGCAUACCCCCUCCACCACUGUGUCUGCGACUGCCACUGCGCUUAGUUUCUGCUUCCGUUGUUGCUUCUGCAGCUGUUUCUGCCACUGGCGCCGGUGCCACUGCGCGUGUGUCAACCCUCGCGGUCGCGUCCAAACGAAAAAUUAACAAACAAAAAAGUGGCAAAAGUUCAAUUUCCAAUUACGAAUCGUUAGUCCAACACCGAAACUAAUUCCAGUCCGAAAAAAGGGCUCCGAAAAGCGAGUGAAUCUCAUAUUUAGUGAAGUAAAGUGAAACGUUUUUCUUUCAACAAAAUAAAAGAGAUAACAAAACAAAACGACAAAGAAAUGUGUUCCACAUGUGUCGGUGGCCUGCUGCUGCUGGCUCUCUUUGUUGCACAGACAAAUGCCAUCCAGGAUCUGCCGCACGAGCAUCAUAAGCAUGUAGGAGAGAAGCAGCAGAAGCAGCAUCACCCGCCCACCGCAGACCACAUGGAGUUGCAGAGCGGGCGGGCCGGCAAGCCGAAGAGCGUCAUUUCCGAGGAUCUUAUGUACAAUUACCUCAUGCAGUUUGAUUAUCUGCCCAAGUCGGACCUGGAAACGGGAGCCCUGCGCACCGCGGAGCAGCUGGUAGAUGCAGUACGGAGUCUCCAGUUUUUUGGCAACAUUCCAGUUACGGGCGAAAUCGACGAGGCUACGGCCAGGCUAAUACAGCAGCCCCGCUGCGGUGUGGGCGACAAGAGGUACGCGUAUAAUUUCUCUCCCGACAAUCUGGAUCAUGACAGUGGCAUUAGUAUACGUGUGCGGCGCUACGUUCUCCAGGGACCCAAAUGGUCCAAAACGGAUCUAACAUGGAGCCUGGUCAACCAAACGAUGCCCGAUGCGGGCAAGAUUCGAAUGAUGGUCUCCCGCGCCCUGAACGUGUGGGAGAACAACUCCAAGCUGACGUUCCGUGAGGUGUACAGCGAUCAGGCGGACAUCCAAGUGCUCUUUGCUCGUCUCCAGCACGGCGAUGGCUAUAAAUUCGACGGUCCCGGCCAGGUGCUGGCCCAUGCCUUCUAUCCCGGCGAAGGACGCGGCGGCGAUGCCCACUUCGAUGCGGACGAGAUCUGGAACUUUGACGGCAACGCGGACGACAGUCGAGGAACCAACUUUCUGAAUGUGGCACUGCACGAACUGGGUCACUCCCUGGGGCUGGGCCACUCCUCGGACUCGGAUGCGGUCAUGUUCCCAUGGUACCAGAACAACGAGGUGGACGGCAAGCUGCCGGACGACGAUCGCACUGGCAUUCAGGAGCUGUACGGCUCCAAGGAGAAGACCUGGGGACCCUACCGGCCGCGCACCACCCCGAGCACCACCACCACCAGCACCACCAUGCGAACGCUCAGCUACUAUCCCCAGUCCAACUAUCCCAACUAUCGGCCGCGAUAUCCCCCCAGCUACGAUCCCAACAGAGAUCGAGAGCGGGAGCGGGAACGGGAACGGGAACGGGAACGCGAACAGGAACGGGCGCGGCAGAGACAGCAACGGGAGCGAGAGGAGGAACGGGCACGCGAACGGGAGCGGGAGCUGGAGCGCGAACGAGAGCGGGAGGAGAGGGAGAGGAACAGACAGCGAGACCGGGAGAGAGAGCGGCUGAGCACCAGCACAACCACAUCGAGGACGCCCACAACGCGGCGGCCGUAUCCAACCACGGGACAGCGGCAGCACCAGCCCCACCACCACCCCCGGCAGCACAAGCCCCGCAAGCCGAAGCCCGACAGCUGCCUGACCAGCUACGAUGCCAUUUCCAUGAUCCGCGGCGAGCUGUUCAUCUUCAGGGGACAGUUCCUUUGGCGCAUCGGGGCACGCGGCAUGUAUCCUGGCUACCCCACGGAAACGCGCCGCCAUUGGGCAGCCCUGCCCGAGAACUUCACCCGAGUGGAUGCGGUGUACGAGAACAAGCAGCGCCAGAUCGUGUUCUUCAUUGGUCGACAGUACUAUGUGUUCAAUUCGGUGAACUUGGCCAGCGGCUAUCCCAAGCCACUGGCCAGCCUGGGGCUGCCUCCGACCUUGUCCCACAUCGAUGCCUCGUUCGUGUGGGGCCACAACAACCGCACGUAUCUGACCAGCGGCACCCUCUACUGGCGCAUCGACGACUACACGGGACAGGUGGAGCUGGACUAUCCGCGGGACAUGAGCAUUUGGUCGGGGGUGGGCUACAACAUCGAUGCCGCCUUCCAGUACAGCGACGGCAAGACGUACUUCUUCAAGAACCUGGGCUACUGGGAGUUCAACGACGAUCGCAUGAAGGUGGCCCACGCCAAGGCGAAGCUGUCGUCGCGCAAAUGGAUGCAGUGCGCCCGCAGCGUCAACGAAGUGGACGACGAGCAGCGCUACACGGCGCCCCUGGUCUCCGGCGAGGAGCAGACAACGGAGGCGAGCGGCGCAAGGGAAAGUCGCAUCAGUCUCUAUCUGCUUUGUGCCCUGCUACUUGCCACAGCUUGGAGCAGUUAAGACUCAGCGGAGGGCUUAGGUUUAGCCAUACAUAGCGAUAAGCGCCACGAUUCGCCUCAUUCGGACUCGAAUCCCUCAUUUUCCACAACCACAACCAGCACUUACAUAUGCAUAAACACAUAAAUAUAUAUACGAAAUACGAUUAUAUCUAGAUGUAAAGUUGAGCAGAGCGCAACUGUGUGACAGUCUGGCGCUUGAUUGCCCCCAAAGACGACACCCGAGCGGCCUUUUAUAGAAUUAAGGGCACAAAAAUCAGCAGCCAAGUGGCAGUCAUCCAUAGACGCAAGAGUCUAGGGCUCGCCACUUGCUGCCUCAUCCUUGGACACUUGCCAAUCCUGGACACUGGGCGCCAAUAGCACCAAUAGCACCAAUAGCAGGGCUGUUUUACCAGAUCUAUACACGAUGCAUAAGAUAUAUAGAAUACAAGUUUGAUUUGAUACCUUAGCAAUACGAGUAUGUACGAGUAGGUGUAGCACGCAUGCCCGAAAAGUCGACCAUUUAGGAUAACCCACGAUGGAAAUUUCGGAACCACAACUGCCUUAUAAUUAAGUACAGUAUUGCUUCUGAGUGACGGAACAGGCACGGAUCCAGCUGUUAGCUGUGAGCUGAGUGCUGUCCUGUCUGCGUCUCUACAUUUCUUUUGACCGAAACUUUCUAACUAUUUAUAUAUAAAUGUGAUAUUAUCAUAAAUUCGCGAUGGUAAACGCGCGAUUGUAAACGAAACAAAAACUGGAAUAAACACCCACAAAAACCAA